UUGUAGCACUCUAUGUACAUUGCCUCUCUUGGCCGGCGCUUCUUCAUCUUGACCAGCACCAGCACUUUAUCGUCUUAAGCCUGCAUUCUACGACAUGUCCGGAGCGCCAUUGAGGGUUCUUCUGACUAAUGAUGACGGCCCUCCUGGUCCUGACUCGCCAUACAUUUACGGGCUAUACCGACAUUUGACUAGAGACUUGGGCUGGGAUGUGAGAGUCGUCAUUCCUAGCUCUCAGAAGUCAUGGAUCGGCAAGGCGUACCAAAUCAAGGACAUAAUCUCCGGGAGGUACUACUAUCCACGAGAUCCCGACGGUUUGGGUGAAGUGUCAGACACUUCAAGGCCUCUUCAAGACGGCGAGGUGGCAGAGUGGAUUCUUUUCGAUGGGACUCCUGCCACUUGCGCGAACAUUGCUCUUCACAAUCUGUAUCAUGGGGACAUCGAUCUUCUGAUAUCAGGCCCCAACCUAGGCCGCAAUAGCUCUGCUGCAUUUACUUUAUCAUCUGGAACGAUCGGAGCCGCGAUGUCAUCGAGUCUGUCGCGAAUCCGCUCUAUUGCUCUCUCGUACGGCAUCGUACACCACCCGACGCCGGCGUCGUACCACGAUCCUGCCCAUCGCCUCGGGGCGAAAAUCAUAUCACAUCUUUGGGACAAUUGGGGAGCAGACGAAGGAGGUCUGCGAAAUGGCGAGGUGGACCUCUACAAUGUCAACAUCCCCAUGAUCGAGGGACUCCUCAGCGAAGAGGGCCUCAGGAUCUGCUGGACACGCAUCUGGCGCAACUCGUAUGGACGGCUUUUCAAAGCCCAUACGUCGCACGAAGCAGCCGCUGCUGCCAUUGCCACGAUCUCUCCUGCUGGCCCUGAUGCACCCAGCGAGGAUCGUCGCGACAGCAAGGCCAACGUGAUGGAUAAGACGGCAAACUCGAAUGGUGUAGAAAAGCUGUUGUUUAGGUGGGCACCAGACAUGACUGGUCUCAUAAACUCUCCCACGUCGAGUAUGCCUGUUGGGUCGGACGGUUGGGCGAUCUCUCAGGGUUGGUCUGCUGCUGAUGCGGAGGAGAAGGUUUGGAGGCUGAAAUUGUAAGAAUACGAGCCGAUCUCUGUACAAAGAUCUUUCAUGGGAGGACAGACGGUGCACAGCACAGUGCAAUGUCGAUGAUUAUCAUAUUUAGCGAAUAAAUGUCGUAGCCAUU